CCCCCCAGCCUCCAGGGAGAGCUGGCCGUGUCACCCCGCGGGGCUGCUGCCACCGGCCCCGGGGCAGGACAGCGGCCGGCGGCGGACCAAGCCCGCCCGUGCCUGCGGGGCUGUCCCCGGUGGCCGGGGGCAGCGGGGCAGGACGGCGGGGACGCGCCGAGCGCAGCUCCCGGCGGUAAGCGCUCGCCUCCUCCGUGAGCGCCUAAAAUGUUCCUGGCAUGCGAGGCCAGGGGAGAUGCAGUGAGAAGCGGGGCACUUUUCCAACAGCUCCUCCGCCGAGAGAGCCAGUGGCACGGCGCGGCUCCGCAGCCCGCCGCUCUCCUCGGCUUCCUCGAGCAGCCCGACAGCCAUGCAGCGAGGCAGGGUGCUGGCGGCGCUGCUGUGCGCCGCGCUGCUCCCGCUCCGCUCGGAGGCCGUCAAGGCGCCCAAGCGGCCGGCGCGGACCCGGACCUGCGGCGAGCGGCCCGAGGAGCUGCUGGAGCAGCUGUACGGGCGGCUGGCGGCGGGCAUGCUCAGCGCUUUCCACCACACCCUGCAGCCGGAGCCGCCGGGCCGCCAGCACAACGCCAGCUGCCCGGCCGGGGGCCGGCCGGCCGCCGACAAGAGGUUCCGGCUCCCCGUCAACCUGCGCAGCGCUUCGCCGUGGGCCUACAGAAUUUCCUAUGAUCCCACACGAUAUCCUAAAUACAUUCCUGAAGCGUACUGUCUGUGCAAAGGCUGCCUCAUGGGGAUCUUUGGUGAGGAGAAUUUUCACUUCCGCAGCACCCCCGUGUACAUGCCAACAGUCAUCCUCCGUCGCACAUCGUCGUGUGCUGGGGGCCGUUACGUCUACACAGAAGAUUACGUCACUAUCCCAGUAGGCUGCACUUGUGUACCUGAGCAAGAAAAAGAGGCCGAAAGUGUAAAUUCCAGCAUAGAUAAGCAGGAAGUGAAGUUGCUGGUAAGCCAGAACAAGCCGUCAUCAGAAUGAAGAAUAUAUAAAGAGUCGUGUUACAUUAUUGGCUUCACAUCAUCAUUUCACCAUUUCAGGAAACUGCAUCACAGGAGCAAACAUAUUGACAUACCCUCUUUUUCUACUUACAGUUAUUUCAGUUGUAAGAUGGAAAGUUAUGUCCAGUCACUUGGUGUUCAUCACUUAGAGAUGACAAUUCAUAUUAAGAACUUCUUUAGUUCAUGUAAGUAUUUGUUGCAAAUUCUAAAGUGGCUUUUUUUAAUCUUAGAGCAGAACAUUUAUCCUUGCUUAUUCAUGGUAAAUUUUAGAAUAUGAUGCAACUGUAAGAAAGACAUGCUAGCUAUUACUAUAGCAGACUACUGGUUGUAGAUAAUUCUAAGGAAUCUUUUAUACUCUACUUUAAAAUACUCAUAUAAAAAUCGCCUAGUUGCCAUAUAUGUGCCAGAUCAGCAGUUAAAAGGACAAUUUCUCAGGCUGGAAGAGCCUUCCUUUAUACUGCAUAGCUCAACUCCAAGCAGUGUUCUUGGCUGUUACAUCUUUGGCUAGUUAUACACUACAGCAAGGAAACCUGUGCUGAGUUUGAGCCAUUCAUGAAACACUAUUCUAUGAGUUUGCUGUUUUUAAACUUGCUAAAUUGCUAAGGGUGCAAAAGUGUUGAGAAAAAACAUGCUAGAAUAUUUUAAAACUGCAGUGGACUUUUCUGAUGUGGACUAAGUCUAAUUACACAGAAAAUAUCUGUUAGAAAAAACACAGUUUGGGUCCCAAGAACUCUGUAUUAGAUUUCAUUAAUCAUUAACCACUUAACUGUUUCUUGUAACAAAACUGUAUUCUGUACAGUUGAAAGGCCAAAACCUUUUUCAUGUUAAGAGAAGAGAUUCCCCAUUAAAAAAAAGAGUGGAGGAUAGGUUUCAUCUCAGGUACACUGCAGAUGAGUGAACAGGCUAGAUCCUAGCUUCUAAAUGCCACAGAGGUCAUUGAGGUGAGUCCCAGCCCAUUCAAACUUGUUAAAGCCAACCGAUUUAUACAAUUAGUGUUACUCAUUUUUCCCUAUGCUACACGUAACAGACAAUCACCUGCAACAGAUGCUAGUCUGCAGAAGGACAGUCUUCCAACUUUGCAGUUUACAGGAACUUGUUGGCAGGCCCUAAACAGAAACCCUUGAUACAUAAAAACUUGCACUUCCAGAACAAGAGACUGAAGUAAGAGACUAGAUAAGAGUCUAGUCAAUGAGAAUCAGGAAUAACCAGACAUACCUGGCAUGACCGUAACGCCACAAUCACCAAAGCUGAUAGAUCUCUGAAUGCACAGCAGAGAAUAUCUUUUACAGUUGAAGGAUCAUGACUGCAAUAGCAUUACAAAAAAAGAAUAAACACCAUAUGCAGCCAUGUAUUUGCUACAUGAAGAACCUCAAAAUUGAGCUUAAUUCAUAGCAGAGAAAGUCCCUAUGGUACAUGAGCACAGGCUUCUCUGGAGUGUUGUUGAAUGAAGAAUGGAAACAGAAUUAACAAGGUAAAUAGAGAAUGAAAAAUCAUGACAGCUCCUUGUCUUGGUGCAUAAUUAUUGACUGUGCUCUUUAUGGCUCAGUCUAGUAUAACAGUAUUUUUAUAGUGCAAUCUAUAUAGCUUCUUACAAAGCCUAAAACAACUUUAAGAACUUCAGAAACCAAUAAAAGAUUACCAUCACAAUGACAGAUUGAAUUUUAUAACCACAUUUCUUGUGCAGAUGCUUUUCCACAAUUCUGUGUGUUUUCUGCUCUGUGUUUCCUCAAAUUGUGAUGCUUCUGUCUCAAGGGGAUUCUCAAAGGAGGGUUCAAAGGUCAUAAAGUGUUUAUACUACUCAGAGAACAGCUAAUUGCCUAGCUGCUGCCAGCAAUUAAAGGUAGUUACCUGUUCCCUGGAGAAUGUAAAUACUUGUAGCAAUUACAGCCACUUUUCCUUCCCCCUAAUGUGGAAGAACUUCUCACCCUCUGAGAAGAGGGAAAUGUAAUCAAAGACAGAGGGACUUGAAAAGGAAGCAGACCCAGAAAACUGGAGAAACACUGCAUUAGAUGAUGCUUCAGCAGUCUAAGAUCUUACGGUUUCACUAUUAAAUUGUGGGGUUUUUUCCUCCACACACACUUCAGACAGGGUCAAGUUGUACCUUCAGCUUCCACAGCAUAGAAAGCAAAGUCUUCACAGUAAAAGGUAAUAAAAAAAAACCCACCACCACAAAAAAAAAAAAAAAAAAAAAAGUCCCAAAGCCACAGCCCUUAACAUUUAGGAAAUGACUCGAAGGGCUACCAGCUAAAGCGCUGGCUAAACACUGCCCUCCAGCAAAACUCACCUGUCUACCCACGCACCUUUGUUAUAUAACUUUGUCUGCAACAAAUUAGCUACAAGAGCACUGGAUUUAUUUCCAUGAUGUGGAGAAAAAAAAAAAAAAUCUCAUUUUCUGUUGCAACUCUCUUGUCCUGCAGGCAUAAAUUACGGAGGCAGUUUGAGGUUUUUCAAGUAACUAGAGCAUGUUCUGGGAAUUCCUGGGAGUCACAGGCUAAGAUCAGGUAACUGGAACACAAUCAGUUUCCCCAGUCCAGAAAAACAGAUGCUUUAGCUUACAUACUGCUUCAGGAAUUGGAUGACUGAAAGGAAAGUGUUAGAGAACUGCUAAACCUCAAUGGAUCAAUAGAUUAUGUAUGUUGGCGACCUCCUUCUCGUCAUACUGUAACAAGUGCAGAAAGCUUCCUAUGGUUACAGGCAACUUCAUGUUAUCUUACUUAGAAGCCCAUUUUCCUGUUUUAAUCCUCACCCUCUUCUGUGACAGACUUUUUAGCUGAGCCAAUUUGCUUCCCAAUCCAGCUUUCCAGUUAGGUGGCUCUUAAAAGCUAUGUUUAUGUUUUAGUGUGAGCAACUGUUUGAUAAUAAUUUGUUAGCGUACAACUGUUUGUUAAUACUUAACAUCAAGAACUGUUAGAUACACAAAUAUUUGUUAACCUUCAAAAUAUCCUUCUAUAUAUAAACCCUCUCCACGUUACUUGUGGAAAAGGCUGAGUAUUAAAUGUAGUUUGCAUUUGUUUGGAAUUUUAUUUUUUUUGUAAAGAGAUCAUCACAUCAUGGAUUUCUAUCAGUUUCACUUCAGCUGUGGUGUGACAUUUUCCAGCUUCUAGCCCUCUGGUUACAGCUGCUGCAGCCUUGCCUUUAAUUUGCAUGGGGGGAGGGAGGGUUCAUUGGAGUUGCUUCAAGGCUCACAAACUGUUGACACAAGGCAGACAUGAAAUGCCUCAUUGAACCAACUCCAGACCCAAUAAAUUCAAACAAUUCAAAGCUGAAACUAUCUGGCAGCUGCAGCUGAUUUAAUUUUUGUUGUGCCAGGAAAGUCUUUUCCUUCAAUGAGGUUGUCCCUGGAAUACAUUAGCAGCCACAAAACGCUGAACAAUAUCCUUGGUAAAGAGAUUAUUUUCUUCUCUGUAGUAUCAUUUAAGAUAGGUUGGAAAAUUCAUAUCAUUCAGGAAGGCUGCAAAAAGCCUGAGAUGCUGGUUUUGGUUUACUAGCUGGUCAUUACAUGAAGGUGUUUGUCUGAAUAGGUGGAGGUCUACAGCUGCACGUAAACAUGAAAUUGCAUGGGGGAACAUGAAAGAGGCAAAGCGAAAAGGGAAAAAGGCUAAGGUGUGCUCAGAAAGUAUAAACACCCAUUUAUCUCACUGGGAUUAGGGAACAGCCAUAACUACCUGGUUAAGGCACAUGAGGGAGAUCUAGUCAGUCCUACAUGUUUUGCUGAGGAGUGGCAUGAGCUAUCACUUGUUUUUUGCUUUACUCCUAUCUAAGGAGGCUGCAGAGCACAAGUAGACCCAGAGUGGCAGCACAGCCCUGAUGCCGGCUGAUGAGGGGUUUCUGCAGCCCAAACCCAGCAGCCCCGUUUCCUACCUCACCGCACAGCACUGGGGCUGUGCUGUGCAGGUGACCAAGGGAGAGUGACAAAACCAACCAUCAGAGAUAUUUCCCACUUGCUCUGGUACAGGGAGGCAUGGGUGGAAGGGUGAAGGCAAUUGUGUGGUACAGAGGCAGGCUAACUGCAACAUCGAGCUGAGACAAACACCAUUUUUUAAAGGGAAGUACAGAUGAGAUCUUAAGGAAGCAACAUUUCUAGAAAUGUUUCAUUUUUCAUCUGGGGUGAGGUGCAGGCAGCCGCAGUAUGUUCUCCUCCAUCUACAGCCAUCACUCUGUGCACAAGACCCCAGGUUUCCUCUGCCAAGUGUCACAUUCAUACUG